AUGUUUGUUGAAAAGGUAGGAUAUUUAGGCUGGAAGAAUUGCUAUAGAAUUCAAUAUCAAAAUUUACAGUGUAUAGUUACCACUGAUGUCGGUCCCAGAAUUAUUUCGUUGAGAAAAGUAAACAAUCAGCAUUUGUCACAGGAAUUGAUGGGUGUGGCACAAGCAGAUGCCGGUCAAGUUGGUGGCACCGAAUGGAAACUCUAUGGAGGACACAGGCUGUGGAGCGCACCCGAGCAAUCGCCAAGAACCUACUUCCCAGAUAAUUUCAGUGUCGCCAUUGAGAUUGCUGCUGACCGACGUAGCGUGAAUCGUCUUAAACUCGGAAAUCGCUAUAUCGUCGUCGAACAGCAACCGACGGCUACCACUACCAACAAGAUUGGCGCACGUGUCAACAACGGCUGGACAUGUGCAGUGAAUUCCGAUACCUUGUUUGUCAAGUUGAUCGAUAGAGAAACCAAAGAUCUCAACGUCGAUCUAGGUGCCAACGUAGAGUGUUAUUUAUCACCUGACAUUCUCGAGCUGGAAACAGUUGGCCCGCUAACACUCCUCGAACCAAAGCAAUCGGUUACUCUCACAGAAAAGUGGUUCCUCUUUGACAACAGCGUCAUUCCGACCAACGACCAAACCGUAGAUGCUUCAAUUCUACCAACUAUCAACAGAUUACUCUAA